GGAUAGUGUAAAAUCAAGAGUGGAAAAAGAAGGAGAGAAAUCCCAUUUCUCCCUCAGCUUGGUUAGAUCUCUCUCUGUACAGCUGCAAAAGAAGAAAAGAGAAGAGAGAGAGAGAGCUAGCAGUAGCAGUGGAAGAAGAAAGAGAAGCAUAAAUCUCUUCUCUGCAGCAGAAGCAGAGGAAGAAGAAGGAGAAUGGGGUGCUGUGAAUCGACCUUCUUAACAGAAACCCAUCCAGAGCAAGAAAACCAGAACCAGCAGCAAAACCAACAGCAGAAUACACCCUUUUCUCAUCCUUCUGCUGGUGGUGGUGUGGGACCCACAGCUGAUGGGGUCCCACCUUUCUCCGAGUUCUCGCUGGCCGACUUAAAGUCUGCCACCAACAACUUCAGCUCCGACUUCAUCGUCUCCGAGAGCGGGGAAAAGGCCCCUAACCUCGUUUACAAGGGCAGACUCCAGAACCGCCGUUGGAUCGCUGUCAAGAAGUUCACCAAGAUGGCGUGGCCUGAUCCCAAACAGUUUGCGGAGGAGGCUUGGGGUGUUGGGAAGAUGCGGCAUCGGAGGCUCGCGAAUUUGAUUGGCUAUUGCUGUGAUGGAGAUGAGAGGUUGCUUGUAGCUGAGUACAUGCCGAAUGAUACUCUUGCAAAGCAUCUGUUUCAUUGGGAAAACCAAACCAUUGAGUGGGCCAUGCGGUUAAGAGUUGCUCUCUAUAUUGCUGAAGCCUUAGACUACUGUUGUACUGAAGGGCGGCCAUUGUAUCAUGACCUAAACGCGUAUAGGGUUCUCUUCGAUGAGGAUGGUGAUCCGCGGCUUUCUUGUUUUGGACUUAUGAAAAAUAGCAGGGAUGGGAGAAGUUAUAGCACAAAUCUUGCUUAUACGCCGCCAGAGUAUCUAAGAAAUGGAAGGGUCACACCUGAAAGUGUAAUUUUCAGCUUUGGUACUGUUCUCCUGGAUCUUCUCAGUGGGAAACACAUCCCUCCGUCUCAUGCACUUGAUAUGAUAAGGGGCAAAAAUAUAUUACUAUUAAUGGAUUCACAUUUAGAGGGAAACUUUUCAACUGAAGAGGGAACUGUGCUUGUUGGUCUAGCUUCUCGCUGUUUGCAAUACGAACCUAGGGAACGCCCUAAUCCGAAGAACCUUAUUGCAACACUCUCACCCUUGCAAACCAAACCGGAGGUGCCGUCUUAUGUGAUGCUGGGCAUUCCGAAGCAUGAGGAAGCCCCUCCCACUCCACAACACCCCCUCUCCCCGAUGGGUGAAGCUUCUGCACGUAUGGACCUCACAGCCAUCCAUCAAAUCUUGGUGAUGACCCACUACAGAGAUGAUGAAGGAACAAAUGAGUUGUCUUUCCAAGAAUGGACACAACAAAUGAGAGAUAUGCUGGAGGCAAGGAAGCGUGGGGACUUUGCAUUCCGCGAUAAGGAUUUCAAAACCGCGAUCGAGUGUUACACUCAGUUCAUUGAUGUUGGAACGAUGGUUUCCCCCACAGUUUACGCAAGGCGAAGCCUAUGCCAUCUUCUUUGUGACCAACCUGAUGCUGCUCUCCGUGAUGCAAUGCAAGCACAGUGUGUUUACCCAGAAUGGCCCACAGCUUUCUACAUGCAAGCAGUUGCCCUUGCCAAGCUAGACAUGCACAAGGAUGCCGCAGACAUGUUGAAUGAAGCGGCAGGGCUUGAAGAGAAACGACAACGAGGCGGAAGAAGUUCCUGAAGAAUCGAGUAACUAGCAAUAAUGAUUCAUCCAUAUCACCCUUGCUGUCGAAUGAAACACACGCCAGAUUUUAGUAUGAUCCCAUGUUGGGAAUUGGUUUUUUUUCUCAACCAAAUGUAAUAUAGAGAGAACAGUUGUUUAAAUUAAUGCAUGUGUCUUUUUUUUUU